AUGCUAGAGACAAGCGAAACUUUUGUACGAAACUGCGAUCGAAGAACACAAAGUCUGUACGAUGAUGGUGAACCUCAGUGUUUUGCUCAAAGAGGGUACCGAGGAGUAGAGCGUGACGCGGUGCGAUCUAUGGAGCUGUAUGAGCGCGCUAUUGAGAAGGUUGACGACGUCGAUGCGAUGUUGAACUGUUACGUGCCCCCGGCCCGGUGUAACUAA